GGUUUCAGCAACUUUCUAUUUUUCAAAACUUUGAGCUAAACAGUGUUUGUUUGGUUGAGUUUCACUAAUAUUCAGAUAAAUGGUAUUAGAAAGACAUUUAUGAGCUAAACUGUCAUUUCAUGCACUAGUUAUCUUCUUCUUGGCUUACUAGUUUGGUUUCCUCUUGUGUGUAAGAGUACAUUAUAAUUAUUAUUUUUUAGAAAAAAAUUUUAUCAUUAGAGUGAUGGAGGUGAGGUUGGAGUAUCCUCCACAUGUACUAUCCUCAAGUUUUGGUCACUGCACUUGAUGCACAGGUAAACUGUCUUCUUUGGAAAGGAGAAAAUUUGAACAAUAGGUUUUUUAUCCUAAUGAUAGUCUUCAGGCUCGGUUGUUUAUCUCCAUAAUGUGAGCUUCAUUUUGUUAUCAAAUUUAGCCUUCUUAAAGGUCUCUCAUAGUCCUAUACAACAUGAUUAGAUGUAUCGUGGAAGAAAAGAAGGAUGAAGAAGAUAGGACACUGAAUGAAGGCGAAGCAGAGAUUGCUAUUUCACAUGCAAAGAGACUUGCUUACUCAGGGCGGAGUCCAAGCUUCCAAUAUUGGAAUUAUUACCCCACAUGUAAUGCAGGUUCUAUUACUAAAAAUGUUGAGAAGCAAUGAGAACUGGCUAAUGGAUACAUCAACUGUGAAUGUAGCUUCUUCUUGGUCCACAACCCCACUUCAUACAACUAAAUGCAAGACAGAUGCUUCUUGUUGUUCUAGAAGUGGCAGAUUGGUCUACCAGUGGUUAUGAGGGAUGCUGGAGGUCAGGUUAUAGAUUGGCAUAGCUAUUCAACAAUGUACCUUAUCUGCCCUCGCAGAAGAGGCAUAAGUUCUUCGUCUUGCAGUGGGAAGGGCAACGGCAAAUGGGUUUCAAGAGUCAUUUUUGAAGCAGCAAAAGUUAGCUCGGCAAAUUGCUUCCGUUGUGGAACCCAUGUGUGUACUCUGCUACCAGCCUUUGAAUGGUUUGAUUUUGUGUUUGUGCCUGGAAUAAGCUAACAAAGCUACUCAACUGGGUUGCUAUUGGGCGCACUGUCUACCCGUGGAAUUUUGUAAACUAUUGUAUAUAGAUAUUGCUUAGGGUUAAAGAAGGUAAGGCCUCCUGAAGUGGUCCAAUUCACCAGUGGGCUUGGACUGGAAAGUUGAAAAAGCCUGUACGAUUGUUGAAAAAGUACUAAUUUAAUUCUUAAAUUUUUAAAAUAAAUAUCAAUUUAUUCC